AUGAUUAGUGUGUCACAAACCACUGCGUCACAGACCAGUGUGUCACACACCAACGCACCAGUGACCAGUGCGUCACAAACCACUGAGUCACAGACCAGUGCGUCAAUGGUUAGUGUGUCACAAACUACUUCAUCACAGACCAGUGUGUCACACACCAACGCACCAGUGACCAGUGCGUCACAAACCACUGAGUCACAGACCAGUGCGUCAAUGGUUAGUGUGUCACAAACUACUUCAUCACAGACCAGUGUGUCACACACCAACGCACCAGUGACCAGUGCGUCACAAACCACUGUGUCACAGACCAGUGCGUCACAAACCACUGCGUCACAGACCAGUGCGUUACAAACCACUGCGUCACAGACCAGUGUGUCACACACCAGCGCAGUGACCAGUGUGCCUACAACUGACUACAUCUCUUCACAGCUUUCUACCACUACACCCUCUACUUAUGUUCCUUUAACCCAACCAACACCUAAUCAACAUGUAAGCCACGCCCCUACAGAUGCAGACAUUAUUGGAGACGAGAAUGUAUCAACUAAAUCUUCAGCUACCUAUUUAGAUUCGGCAGGAAUUCCAGAAAAAUGCAUCCCCGGACAUGAAGAAUUUGGAUGUUUACCCGAGAGUACAACAGUUGCAGAAGUGCUGGAGAUGUCGUCAACGAAGGAUGACAUGACAGUUGUUGAUCUACUUGCAAUAAUGAGUUGGUUAAUGGAAAAUAACAACAUCCCUGCAAAUGUUACUGACGCAACAAUUUAUGCAAAUGAGUACGUCGGGGCCAUUGACAACUUGAUGGACGAUGGACUGGUUCCAGCAUGGAAUAAACCAGAUGGGAUUCCACUUUUUGCAACAAAUCUCUUGGCUGAGUCACAACAUUUACUUGAAGAUUUAGUAAGAAAUGCCCCACUUGGCUUCAAACAGAGUAACAAGAUGGCAAGCAUGGAAUUUGGAGUUUUAAAAGUAAAGAAUCUUUCAACUUACAAGUUCCAAGAAGAAACUGCUCCGUCUGAUGACGUCAUUGAUAGGUCGGCAACAUCAAUAGUUCUUGCUCCAGAAAUGCUAAAUGCUCUGAAAAUAGAUGAUGAGGAUAUAGCAUUGACGACCAUUAUAAUGAAGAAGGGAAAUUUCAUACAGGAAAGUUCGUCUAUGAAAUCACCGAAUAGUCACGUGAUUGUUCAUUCAUUACAACUUGGAGGCAAGCUAGUCUCUGUUCCAGUCAACUUGAAAAUUAAUCUACUCCAGGAAGGAACAUCAAAUUAUGAACCUGUUUGUUCAUUCCUCAAUAGAAAUAAUAGAAGUAACAUGUACUGGGAUAGUUACGGAUGUUCUUUGAGUGACGUCACACCAUAUUCUGUUAGUUGCUUUUGUAACCACACGACGAGUUUCGGAAUUCUAAUGCAACUUCGAUCAUUCAAGAUUUCAGAUGCAGAUAAGAACAUCUUGAAGAAUCUGACGUACAUCUUAUGCGGAUUCUCUAUCGUUGGUUUAAUGGCUACACUAGCAGUGUUCCUUACUGUACGAUCGAUCUUGAGGUCUGAUCGUGUUAUCAUCCACAUUAAUCUAUCUAUAUCAAUGAUGGUUGCCCAGAUGCUAUUAUUAUUAUCUGGUUUAGCAACAAAAAAUCAGAUCGUGUGCCGUGUGUUUGCUCUACUGAUGCAUUAUUUCUUCUUAGCGAUGUUUUGUUGGAUGUUGGUUGAAGGAGUCCAUCUUUAUCUUCAGAUUGUACGAGUUUUCAAUAAUGGAAUGGACAGGAAGAUGCUUUAUAUGCUUAUAGGAUGGGGGACACCAGCUGUUGUUGUUGUCAUUGCGGCCGGUUUGAGGUGGGAACAUUACGUCAACUAUGAAAGUUGCUGGUUAUCAAUGGAGAGCAAUGUGAUUUGGGCGUUUAUUGGUCCUGCAUUGACUGUCAUGCUGGUGAAUUUGGUUGUUCUUGUCUCGGUGGUAAGGAUCAUUGUUUCUUCAGCAGCAGCCAAGAAAGACAACGAAUUCGACCAUGUUAAAGCUGGACUAAAGGGGGCGCUGUUCUUGCUGCCCAUUCUUGGACUGACGUGGAUCUUUGGUAUCUUGGCGCAGAACGCAGCAACUUUGGUUUUUCAAUAUCUCUUUGUUAUUUUCAAUGCAAUGCAGGGAGUUUUUAUCUUUCUAGCGUACUGUGCGUUGAAUAAGGAGGUUCGUAACGCCAUUCAGCGAAGCAGAGAGAAGCGGGCCUUGACACGCGGUGAUUCAUCCAAACUAUCGACUGAUAACUACUCUACGAAGAGGAGCUCUGAGAAGGGGAAUCGGAUUGUUCCCAUGGCAACAUCUUCAGAGCCAGAGAAAAUUCCUCUCACCACCUUCAAGAUUAAGACAAGGACUACCACUCACACAACCACACAUAUGGUAAUGACGAGAGAAGACUUCUCACCAGAUGGGGAGUUUUUACCGACAAAAACCGUUCGAUUUGAGUCAUGGAAAGUCUAA